AUGGCGGUCAAUUUACAUUCAGUGCUCCUUUUCAAUCUUGCAGACCAACUUUCCAGGAAUUCCAGUGAAUUUGGAAUACUUCUCGGAACAAAAACUGACGAUAAUGUGACAUCUAUCCAUACAUCAUUUGAAAUAUUAAUUAAUAGAAGUAGCCAAAAUGGAAAUGAGGUUGUAGUGGAUUUGAGUUUCCUACAAAAAAGAUACGAACAAUUCCAAAUAGUAUUGCCUAAUUACCAUGUAGUUGGAGUGUAUCAAAUGAAUACAUUGGAGCCGACAUACAUCACUAAUAGUAUAUUGAAUCAAAUAAGUGCCCACAUACCUAAUCCAGAAUUCGUAGUGCUAUUCUAUAAUGGAGAAAAGUCAUUAUCUGCAUAUCCAUAUAAUGGUGAGAAUAUACUAAACACCGCGCAAAAGAUUCAGUUGAACAUCUUGGCUAAUGAUGAGAUUGAGAAAAUCUCAACAUUCACUAUUGCCAACCACUCCCAAUAUACAGGCUCAACUCAUGCGGGUGGGCCAAAGGAGGCAGUAUCUACUUCCACACGGUUGGCUGACCAUUAUAAGAUACUAUCUGGGUCAGUUGAUCAACUAACGAAAAGAGUGGAAAAGAUUUUGAAGUAUGUGCAAGAGAACAUCCUUGUACCUUCGUCCUCUUCUUCUUUUGCUAGUGACGAAUCCUACGCAACCUACCUGAAGUUGCAAAAUUUAAUUACACAUUUAUCUAACAAAGUGGAGGAAAUUACGAGCCUAGGAAAGACUGACCCCAACCUUGUUGGAAACAAUGUUGAAGCGCAGCUACUUUCAUCAAAAUUAAGCUUGCUUAACUCUCAAAUGACAUCACUAGAGAGUCUUAGAGCAACUGUGACAAAGCAAAUCAUCAGGGCCGGAAACAUAGCACAGACUUACCCUCAACAGGGCCCACAGCCCCAUAUUCUAGACUUUAACUAUUCAGGUAACUCAGCGUAG